AUCGAGCAGUUUACCUCUGACUGGUCCGAACGAUGGUCGACCUCGCAAGCUUCCAAAUUCCAGAGGGAGGACGACACGGAAGCGUUCAAGUAUGACGGUGUUUGGUCCGUAGAGGAGCCCGAGGUGUUCCCCGGUCUCGCUGGCGAUGCUGGUCUUGUGCUCAAGUCCAAGGCCAAGCAGCAUGCCAUCUCGCAUCUGUUUGACAGCCCCAUCGACCCCAAGGGCAAGCCGCUCGUCGUUCAGUACGAGGUCAAGCUGCAAAAGGGUCUCAGUUGCGGUGGUGCCUACAUCAAGCUUCUCUCGGCCACCGAGGCAGGUGUCACCCCAGACGAAUUCUCGGACAAGACACCAUACACCAUCAUGUUUGGUCCCGACAAGUGCGGCCAGACCAACAAGGUUCACUUUAUCUUCCGUCACAAGAAUCCCAAGACGGGCGAGUUCGAGGAGAAGCAUGUCAAGUACCCCGCCUAUCCCAAGCUCGCAAAAACCUCGACUCUCUACACGCUCGUCGUCCAGCCGGACCAGUCGUUCGAAAUCUUCAUCAACAACGAAUCCAAGAAGAAGGGCUCGCUGCUCGAGGACUUUGAGCCUCCCGUCAACCCACCUACUGAGAUUGAUGAUCCCGAAGACGAAAAGCCCGCCGAUUGGGUCGAUCAGGCGCGCAUCUUUGACCCUAAAGCCACCAAGCCUGAAGACUGGGACGAGGACGCACCGCUCGAGAUUCCGGACCAAGACGCUGUCAAGCCUGACGGCUGGCUCGAGGACGAGCCGCUGACCAUUCCCGACCCGGACGCACAGAAGCCCGAAGAGUGGGACGACGACGAGGACGGCGAGUGGUUUGCUCCCAGCAUUCCCAACCCCAAGUGUGAGGCAGCGGCUGGAUGUGGCGAGUGGGUCCGUCCUGUGAUCCGCAACCCAGCGUACAAGGGCAAGUGGACAGCACCGCUCAUCGACAACCCAGAAUACAAGGGUGUCUGGGAGCCUCGCACGAUUGCCAACCCCAACUACUUUGAGGACAAGUCUCCUGCCGAUUUCAACCCCAUUGGUGGUGUCGGUUUCGAGCUUUGGACUAUGGACGAAGACAUCCUCUUUGACAACAUUUACAUUGGUCACGAUCCCUCUCAGGCCAAAGCGUUUGCCGCAGAGACCUUUGAUCAGAAGAUCAAGAUCGAGCAGCGUCAGGAGGAUAAGGAGACCGCGGCCAAGGCGGCUGAAGACGGCGCCGGAUUCGUCGGUCAGGUACGAUCGCACGUCAAUACCUUUAUCGGCCGUGCACGUCAGGAUCCCAUCGGAGCGAUCAAGGAGAUGCCUCAGGUAGCAGGUGGUUUGGGAGCCGCUUUUGCCGGUCUGUUGGGUCUCGUCGGGCUGGUCGGUGGUGUUUUGGGUGGUGGCAGCAAGGUCAAGGUCACCACGAAGGACGGCAAGAAGGUGGACGCUCCCACCGCCGCUAAGGGUAAGGCUAAGGAGGUCACAGAGAAGGUCAAGGCCACAGGGGUUCAGGCUAAGGAUGCCGUGACAAAGCGUACCAACGCUGCUGCUGCCAAAGUCGAUGAUGCUGCCAAUGACGAGUAA